UUCUGAAAAAGACGCUUGUGAUUGUCUAGGAAAUUUUGAUUAUUUUGAAGUGAAUAUCUGAAACCUUCAUAACGUUUCUUCUUAUCUGUCGAGUUAAGAUAAGCAAAUUUACCUCAACAACACAUGUUGUCCCCCACGCACGCGGGCUGCUACAGGCUGAAAUAGCGUUCUCUGAUUGGUUACCAAGAUGCAACAGAGGGAUAUUUAAAUUUGAAACCUCUAACGACUUCACAGUUUGAUUAUUCGUUCCAUCCAAGACAGUGGUCGUCUGAAAUUUGCUUGCUAGGAUUUAACUCGCUUCACAAGAUUCUCCUAAAUAUGGGAGCUCAAGAAAGCAAGAAAUGGCAUGAAAUGGUGCCUGAAACGCCAGAGAUGAACAGGGAAGUUUCUGAUGUAAAAGACUUCGAUGAUCCUCGGUCACCGACAGUGUACUUCGAUCGCACACCGAUUCAUCUACAAGAUUACGAAAACUCACCUCAAAACAUUGAGCUUCACACUCAGCAAGACCCAAGAUCACCGACUGUUUGUGUAGCAAGAACACCUCUCCCACAAACCAAACAAAAAGAUGAGCUCGAUGGGAAAGACGAAGUCUUCAUAACACGCACUCGUAGCAACUCUGAACCAACAUCACCGACGACAGCAGACAAAGAGGACGUUUCCCUCUCUCCUGAAGCACCACUCACCAGAAAAGAUCGUAAAUGCCUACUGAAGCAGACCAAAAGUCCUUCGGAUGUCAAACGCAAAAGUAAAGCUUCUAGAAGACAGUCUGUUCCUCAGAAACUAUUCAACGAUUCCCGGGUCGCUCCUGUGACCAGGUCUCCGCUAGUCGCUCGAAACUUCUCUGAAGGAAGUGACCUCGGAUACAAUGCUAAGUCCAAGAAGUUCACAUUUGUUCCAAAGAAAGGCGGUUUCGUUUAUGAGGACCUCUGUUCUGGCAAAGAGAAUGCCACAUCGUACUCCAACCCCGCGCUCAGUGCCACACCAGCUAUAAACCCUUUGGCGGUUGUUUGAAGACGAGAAAUCUACGCUCGACCCUUAACUAAAGUGUAUAUUUGGGAGGCAUAAAGAGAACUUAUUCAAGCCGAAAAGAUAAGAAAUUAUAGCAGCGGCUAAUUUCUAUAAAGAAACAUUUUACUUAAAGUAAAGACGUCUACGUAAAACUGUUAACAUGAAAACUAUCAAAAACGAAAAAGCUGAAAGAUAUUAAUAAACUGUCUUAGCCCAAUUUAUAAUAAUUUGGUAGACCAAGAGUGGUUUUCAUGAACUGACGAAAUAUGUGAAAGCGUGUCUGAACAAGGUAAAUAAAAGCGACUUCAUUUCUGCAACAAAAUUAGGUGGGUAUAUAAGGGGUGUAACAUUAAAAUAUAGUGUAUAUAGUAUGCAUUUUGUUCUAUUUUAUUGAGUUUGAUGUAAAUACAUAUUCCUUUUGAAAAUAAAAUUAUAUAAGGGUUA